AUGGCCGCCUCGUCGAAGGCUCCCUGCUCCUUCGCGGCCUGCUGCGCCCGCACCACCUCCAUCGCGUUCACCGUCUGCGAGUUGAGCUUCGCCACCUUCGCCUUCCUCUCCCGCUCCGCCGCCGCCUCCCGGUCCUCGCUGCGGUAUCGCGGAGCCAUGGCCGACGAGCCGCCCUCACGCCUCGACCGGCUGUGGGAGCUGCGGAAGACACGGACGGCGACGACGCUGCUGAAAUUCACGUCUAUCUUUGGCGGCCUCUUCCUGGUCCUCGCGGGAAUCAUCGGCCUGACCGGCAUCUUUCAGGGCCAGAUCGUCUACUUCGUGGGAUCGCUCUACGCGAUCAUCUUUGGCUGCACCGUUCUUAUCGUCGAGGUGCGCGACAAGGUGCCGAUGGUGAGCGCAGCGUACCAGCAGAUCGACGUCUACCUCAAGUUCAUGACGCUGCAGCGCGGCAAGGGGCUGUACUACCUCGGCGUCGGCCUCCUCGUCCUCUACAUCGGCCCCGACGGCACCUCUUCGUGGGGACUCAACAACGUCGCCGCCUUGCUGCUCGCCAUCAUCGGAGUCAGCCACACCUUCAAGCUCAUCAAGGAGUCGGACCCCGUCCUCGGGCCAGGCAAUGACGUGCCUCUCGCGCCGGGCGCAGACUUCUCGAGCACGCGGAGCGACUGGGGCAACAUGGUCGCGGCGGCAAACAAGCCGAGGUGACGCGAGCCCCUCGAGCAGAGAGAGUUACAGAGGCGCCGCGCCGGCAUCGUGAAUAGCCCACAAGCCCCAAGUGGCCAAAACCCGGCGGGGCAGCAUGGAACCCCACGCGCCACGCCAGCCCGUAGCUUGUAGGGCGCCUCGCCUGCCACCAUGGCUGGCGCCGCAUGUGUACCUGUGUAGUUGGGCCUGUCCUUCUGUGAUGCGUGGUCCUCGGCCGGGCCCCAGCUUCCGACCUCCGAGCAGGAGCGAGUACAGUGGAAGAAGAUUUUCGG